GCCCUCGGGGCCUCCACCUGCGAGCCCGGCCCACAGGAGUUUCUGUCUCAGAGGAUUCGAGGAGAGAGGGGAGGGAGAGCCAGGAACCCCGUCUGCCAGACUCCGGGCAUGGAGACCCCCGAGCUGCUCUUGCUGGGCCUGCUAAUGGCCGUGGAACCCGUCACCUGUCAGAAAGGUGUGGGGAAUUUGGAGCCAUGGAUGCAGGGCUUGAUCGCCGUGGCCGUGUUCCUGGCCCUCGUGGCCAUAGCUUUUGCAGUUAAUCACUUCUGGUGCCAGGAGAAUCCGGAGCCCGUGACCAUGGUCAUGUCGGUUGGAGGCAAAUCAGACGAACAUUUGGCAGGAGUGGAUGGAAAGUAUUCCCCGAUGGCUUUGAACUUCAGGUCCAGUGAACACAAAAAUGCCUAUGAGAAUGAGAACGUGAUGGAAGACAUCCCAGGAGUCCGCAGCACACCCAUGUGACCUGCCCACCUUCCUCCGGGGCAGACUUCACCAUCUCUGGAGGCUCCCCCGGCUCUUCUUACAAGAGAUCGCUACUUCUCCCUUCUCACCUAUAGCAUAGUUUUUGUGCUUCUUCUGUAAUCACGAGUCACCCUCCCUGUAAGCCAUUCACGCCCUCUCACCCAUCUCCUUCGUCAGGGCUCAGUUGGGGGCCCGGGCCGGGGCUCAGGUGAGCACUGGGUUUAGGGGUCAAUCUGGAGCUUGGAGUAUCUAGAACUGGUCUGGGACCCUUCCAGGACUUUGGUCUCUGCAGUGCUGAGCUUUGAUCAGAAGAGAUUCAAUUUGGUCCCAAAUCAUAAUGCCCCUUCCUUUGAAAUGACUUAUUUCUGUGAAAUAAAGACCUUUUGUACUUGUCA